CCAUGGAAGUAUUCAAUUAUUUUUCCACAACACAUAUCUUAAAUGUCACAUCUUGGUAAAUCAGGUAUGAGCAGUGGUGGAAUGUAACUAAGAAUAUUUACUCAAGUACUGCUACUUUAUACUUGUACUUCACUACAAUUCAGAAAUACUAUACUUUUACUCCUCCAUUUAUCUAACUAUAGAUGCUAGUUACUUUGCAGAUUAAAGAUUUUGCAUACAAAAUGUGGUCAUUUUAUAAAAUAUGAUGUAUCGUUAUAGAUUAACUACCAAACAGUAUAUACAAUUGUUAAACAUGAACGCCAUGACCAUCUACAACAUUAAAAUUCUGUUUACACAUGAAUGCAUUAGUGAUAGUUAUCCAGUAAUAACAUAUAAAAUAAUAUAACACUGACUGGGGCCAUUCCGCUGUAUUAUGAAUAUUUUUAGUUUUGAUACUUUAAGUACAUUUCGCUGAUAAUUUUGUACAUUUACACAAGUUAAGAUUUUGAAUGACAAACUUUUACUUGCAAUGGAGUAUUUUUACAUUGUUUUUCUGACGAUUUUGACUAUUGUGUUAUUUUUCCGUGUAGCAGCCUGAAAGCAGCACGGGUUUCAGUUUCUUUCGUCGGCUCGCCAAAGUUUGUUUCUCGCGAGACUUGCGCUGUGUUGCAAGCAGGGUGAAAUCUCGGGAGUUGUCUGAAAAAAAAAAAAAACAAGCGAAGGGAGUGAGGAACAAAUAGCGUGAAGAUUUAAAAACGUGCAUUUAGCGGACGGCGAUUCUGCAACAUUUCGCAAGAAGGUAGACCCGCAACUUUUGAUUAUUUGAAGUUCUCUAACGCAGACAAACAUUUCAUUUAGCUUCUCUUUUCGUAACUUGGGGAAAGUUUAACUCAGGCUGCACGGCUUGCACUCACCUCGGAGCAGAAAGUCAAGUCGGUGGUCGGCAGUUGGUUCUGCAGGAAUGUCGCAGAAAGAAAGACCCAAGUUUUAUCGACAGGACGUCAACAAGACGAUAUGGGAAGUCCCGGAGCGAUACCAAAACCUGUCUCCGGUUGGCUCUGGCGCCUACGGAUCCGUGAGUUCUGCAUAUGACAUGAAGAUUGGUUUAAAGGUAGCUGUGAAGAAGCUCUCACGGCCAUUUCAGUCCAUCAUCCAUGCCAAGAGAACAUACAGAGAGCUGCGGUUGCUUAAGCACAUGAAGCAUGAAAAUGUGAUUGGCCUCCUAGAUGUCUUCACCCCUGCUACUUGUCUGAAGGAAUUCACUGAUGUGUAUCUUGUGACUCACUUAAUGGGGGCAGAUCUCAACAACAUAGUGAAAUGUCAAAAACUCACAGAUGACCAUGUGCAGUUCCUCAUAUACCAGAUCCUCAGAGGGUUAAAGUAUAUCCACUCAGCAGACAUCAUUCAUAGAGAUUUGAAACCUAGUAAUCUGGCAGUGAAUGAAGACUGUGAGCUGAAGAUUUUGGACUUUGGUUUGGCGCGGCACACUGAUGAUGAGAUGACUGGCUACGUGGCCACCCGCUGGUACCGUGCCCCAGAGAUCAUGUUGAACUGGAUGCAUUACAACAUGACAGUGGAUAUUUGGUCAGUGGGGUGUAUAAUGGCAGAACUUCUCACUGGAAAAACUCUGUUUCCUGGUACCGACCAUAUAAACCAGCUUCAGCAGAUAAUGCGUCUCACAGGAACACCCCCAGCAUCUCUAAUAAGCAGGAUGCCCAGCCAUGAGGCCAGGAACUACAUCAGCUCCUUGCCACACAUGCCAAAGAGGAACUUUGCUGAUGUGUUCAUUGGUGCUAACCCACAAGCUGUGGACCUUUUGGAGAAAAUGCUGGUUCUGGACACAGACAAGCGGAUAACAGCAGCUGAGGCUUUGGCUCACCCUUACUUUGCUCAGUACCACGACCCAGACGACGAGCCCGAGGCCGAGCCGUACGACCAGAGCUUUGAGAGCCGCGAGCUGGAGAUUGAAGAGUGGAAACGAUUAACCUACGAGGAGGUGUGUAGUUUUGAGCCACCUAUCUUUGAUGAGGAUGACAUGGAGUAAUGAGACGUGUUACCCACUUCGACCCCGGCCUCCAACAAUUUGUAAAAACCUCGAACAUGUGCAUGAGUGUUAAAGGAACUCUCAGACACACUUGUAUCAGAGUGCCUGCCAACCUUUGUCAGUCUUUAUUAACCGAGCAAACAUUGUCCAUGAUUAACUCUUGUAAGGAGAUCAUUACCAGCGCAAGGAAGAGCUUGACCAAUUGUCAUUAUUCUUAUUUAUGAACCACUAAUGUUGAUGGUCUGUUGCUGGGAAAUGUCACUUCUUGCCAAUUGCUGAAAUAAUUUUAUAUUCUUCAGAUUUUUUUAAAAUUUAGACUUUUAUCACUGUGACACUGAGAUGCUGAAACACCUGGACCUAUAGCUGUGCUAUUUUGUGUUUUUAAAUUUUCUAUUGACUAACUUAUGCAUAAGCUUUUAUGUCUAUCAAAUGAAAAAGUAUUAUGCUAAUCUACCACUCACCCUGCCAAGCUGUCUCAUAUAGAACUGGGUCACAUGUAUUCAGUUAUCGCCAUGAUAGUUCCUAUAUUUAAAAAGAGAACUUUGAAGGGUUUCAUAUCUGUGACAGAAGUUGAUUUUAUGUUUUUAGGUAUCGGACAAUUUGAGAAUGUGCCUGUUCUGUGUAGUCAUUGAGCUUUAGUGCUCACCAACUGCAUUUCACACAGUUUAAUGUUUAUUUUGAUAGUUUAGAUGUUCUGUGAGACUCUUACAUAUUUUGGCUACACAUAAAAAUCUGAGCCUCUGCUGUUUAAGGACAGUGCUAUUCAACAAGGCACCUAAAUAAGAAAAAAAAAAUGUUCAUGGGUACACGCUCUGCUCAAAAAUAUGUAAAUAUCUGUGCCAUAUUUUUUAAAUCUCUGAAUUGUGGUUAUGUUAUGAAACAAUCACUUUUAGUAUACAUCAGUUAAAGACUUUGUGUGCGUUUGUGAGAGUGUGUUCUUGGUUUACAGGAAUUUUAAGUGUCAUGCUAAAACUUCUAAUAGAAAUACUGCUUUAAUGUGUAAAAGAGGGAUUUCAGAUGUAUUUAUGCUUUGUGGAGGUGGUAUUUAUAAACAACAAUCAAAAGAUCCCUUAAACUAUUUUCAGUCCAUCAGAGUAACUACUAUCUUCAGUCCUUUGUUUAACAAAAUAAACUUAUUUUUAAGAGA